AUGUCUAAACAGAUUAACGACUACGUUAUUGAUGGAGUCAUCAAAAGCAUCCGCGACACUUUGCAUCGACACACAGGCAGCAUCAGCUCAGAUAUAUCUCAUAGCCCACGGAGCAAUAUGGUUUCAGAGAGUUACUAUGGCUCAAAUACCUCUUUUGAAAAACCAAUAAGGCUGCCUUUUCAAAAUUCCAAAUCAUCCCAACGGCCUUCUUCUCAAAAUAGUAGACACACCAGGACUACAUAUUCAAUGGACAUGGACUGAUCUAGUCGGCCUAUUUCAAAAGAGCACAGCCCAAUCGCUUCUCCAUCCCCAGUGCUUCUUGAUGAAUCCUUAGAAAACAUUACAACAAAUCAAGAUAAUCGAUCUUCAAUAAGCGGGCUUAGUUAUGACUCUUUGCAUAGAUUUACUCCUAGGCUUGAGUCUAUUCCACAGCACAAUUUAGACGUCACUUUUAAGCAGCAGCCAUUUAAAGAGAAGCAAAAUCAAUUUUUCGAUAACAAAGAAAAUAAUUCGAAAAUGGAACUGGAGAAACUGAAUGACUCCAAGGACAAACAAAUUAAAGACCUAGAACUCAAGCUCAAAGAAGCUGCAAAUACUAAUGAAGACCACAAGAAUGAAAUCUGGGACUUGAAAAAGGAAAACAAAGCUCUUCAAAAAGAUAGUGAAGAACUGACAGUUUUGAGGGGCAAACUUAGAGAAAUGGAUCAGAAACUUAUUGUUUUGGAAAAAGAAAAAGAUGGUUUAGGUUCAGAGAAUCUAGAACUCAAGAAAAAAGUCAAAACAAUAGAAAUAGAAGCAAAUAAAUUGGAUAAUAGAAAUAGCAAUUACUUCAAAGAAAUCGAGAUGAUCAAAAACAAAUACAAUGAAAACUGUGACGCAUUUAUUGCUUUGAAAAAAGAAAAUCUAGCCAUAAUUGAAGAAAGGGAUGGGUAUCGGAAAUCUUCGACCGAGCUUGCAGAAAAGUGCGAGAAAAUGAGCAAAGAGAAAUACGAGCUAGAGGAGAGAAUAACAGAUUUGAAGCGCCUUUUAAAAGAAAGAGCUGAGCUAAAGUACCGUAAUAUUGAUAAGCUAAUCGAAGAAAGCCAAAUCAAAAUUGGCUACUUCGAUGAAAGAGUAAAGUUUCUGGAAAACGAAAACAAGCAGCUUAAAGACCGCCUAGCAGAAUCACAAGCCCUCCUCGAGAUCGAGAGAAAUAACUCAAACAUAAGCAGUCUCUCCAUCAAAGCUGCAAACAGACGGUCAAGCUCUAUUGGAGAGACCACAAGUCCUCUCUCCCUAAGCCACUUAGUCAAGAAAAGUCCACUAAAAAAGCAUUCAAAAUCGCACUUAAAGAGGUCAACCAGCAGCAGACUGAUAAAAGAAAUCCAAGACAUCCUUUCCGUCAAUUCCAUAAGUCUCCUAAUUCCGACCAUUGUAGAUCUAGCCAAAUCACGCAGUCACAACCGAAGAGACCGAACUGCUUAUUAA